UUAAUAUUAUAAUUUAUAACAAAUUUUUCAAAAAAUCACAUUAUUCAAAAUGUUGAAAAAAGUAAUUUCAUCAAAUAACCGGAUGUAUCGACAUAUGUCUGAUUUUGUUACCCAGUAUAAUGAAAAUCAUAUACCCACCACACCGUUUCAAAAGUUAUUAUUAUCAGUCGGUUCUGCAACUGUUUCAUUGUUAGAUCCUCAAAGAGCAGAUAUGAUUGCCACUAUGGGAGAAACCACUGGAAUAUAUGCGUUGAAGUAUAUGAGAGAUAAAAUGAUUAAUAAUCCUGAAGGAAAUGAAAUAUUACAGUUACAGCCACGAAUUAACACUUCAACAGUUGAUCUUGGCAAGUUAAAAUGCAUGCCAGAAAAUACUCUUGGAUAUGCUUACUUUAAAUUUUUGGAUCAUAAUAAAGUAACUCCAGACUCUCGGGGAUCAGUACAAUUCGUUGAUGAUGUUCAAUUAGCAUAUGUGAUGCAGAGAUAUAGAGAAGUACAUGAUUUAUUUCAUACAGUGUUGGGAAUGCCUACAAACAUGUUGGGAGAAGUAACAGUAAAAUGGAUUGAAGCAUUUCAGACCAAGUUACCAAUGACUUUGAGUGGAGGUCUUUUUGGAGCUAUAAGACUUAAACCAAAGCAAAGAGAACAGUAUGUUCAACAUUAUUUACCAUGGGCCAUUCAAACAGGAUUAAAGAGUAAUUUUAUGUUAAAUAUUUAUUUUGAAAAAAGAUGGGAACAACCAAUAGAAGAACUACAUAAAGAAUUAAAUAUAAAACCUUUAGAAAUAAUUAAUAUAAAAUAAGAAUUGUUGCUAUGCAUAAGUAGUGUUAUUAACUUCUUGUUUUGUGUUUUCUUUUAGCUGAGUAUAAUUAGAUAUUAGAUAUAUACAUUUAACUUAAUCAAAAUUUGGUGCAAAUACAAAUUCUGUAAAAUAAAAUUAAUAUUAAUUUAAGUAGAAAAAUAAUAUUGUUGGCACACAUACCAGUUUGACCUUCAAAUGCUUUAGGUUGAAGUUGGGCCAUAGGAAUUUGUUCUGUUUUUGUUGAUUUAAUUGUAUUAGAAAUAAGUUGAAGUUUGAGAGACUCAUACUUGGACUAAAAUUUUAAAAUGAUUCCGUAUAAAACUAAUAUAUCCAUUAUUUAAUAGAUAUUCAAUUUGUCUCUUUUAUAU